AUGGAAGAAUCCAAUCAGACAAAUGUCCACUUUUUCAUCCUUCUGGGAUUCCCCACCUCUUCAGAACUUCAGAUUCUUCUUUCUAUCCUGUUCAUCCUUGCUUACCUGUUGACCUUGAUGGAAAACCUUAUCAUCAUUAUAGUCAUUUGGAUUAACAAUAGCCUUCACAAACCCAUGUACUUUUUUCUGUGCAAUCUCUCUUUCCUUGAAAUUUGGUACGUUACUGUCAUUGUCCCUAAAAUGCUGGAAGAUUUUAUGACACAUGACAAACGUAUCUCUUUCCAAGGCUGCCUAACGCAGCUGUAUUUCUUUGUGACGUUUGUGUGCGGUGAAUACAUACUUCUCGCUGCCAUGUCUUAUGAUCGGUAUUUAGCCAUAUGCAACCCCUUACGUUACCCAAUGAUCAUGACCAAUGCUUUCUGUGCUCAACUGUCAGCAGGAUGCUGGAUGUGUGGCUUAAUCACCUCGGCCAUCAAACUGAGCUUCAUUGGCCAGCUAAAGUACUGUAGGAUUGAUAAGAUUAACCACUACUUCUGCGACAUUUCACCCCUCUUGAAUAUCUCCUGUACUGACUCUUCCGUGGCAGAACUGGUUGAUUUUAUCCUGGCUCUUCUGGUUAUUAUGGUACCACUCUGCAUUGUUGUGAUGUCAUAUAUCUACAUCAUCUCUGCAGUACUGAGAAUUCCUUCUGUUCAAGGAAGAAAGAAAGCCUUCUCCACCUGCAGUUCUCAUCUCACAGUAGUUGUGUUGUACUACUCUACCACACUGUCUUAUGCACGGCCAAAAGCUAUGUAUGCCUGCAACUACAAUAAACUAGUGUCAGUUCUGUACACUACGGUAGUACCCCUUCUGAACCCACUCGUAUACUGCCUCAGAAAUAAAGAAGUAAAAGAUGCUUUGAGGAAGAUGCUGUCCAUUUAA